GGUCUUAUUAUUACACCAUUUGUAAAUACAAAAUGGCGACGUAACAGAUUGUCUGGAUUUAUAAUCUGUUGAGUGUUUUUAAAUUCUAAAAAAUAUGUCUUUGUCCAGCCUGCUGCCGGCUCCCGUGCAGCCCGUGUGGGACAGGGACGAGGAGCGAGUGCGGACACGACCCCCGGCAUCUGCCCUGGUGCUCACCAGCCCCACCGCCCCCCCGUACGGCCAGAGGAAGGACUGGGUGCCCAGGAACUUGCAGGAUUUCGGCGAUGGAGGGGCAUUCCCCGAGAUCCACGUGGCUCAGUACCCUCUCAACAUGGGCCGGGAGGGGAAGGAGAGUACGUCCAAUGCCCUGGCCGUGCAGUUGGACGCACAGGGGAAGAUCAAGUACGAUGUGUUGGCGCGCCAGGGACAUGCCAAAGAUAAGGUGAUCUACUCCAAGCUGGUGGACCUGCUACCUGCGGAGGUGGUGGCAGAAGAUGACCCCAGCCUGGAGAGACCGCCCGAGGACGAGGUACAAGACACGACGGAGAAGACGCGCCUGGCUCUGGAACGCCUCACACACACCAAGAUAGCUGCUGCCAUGCCGGUCCGCUGUGCUGAGAAGACAGCCCCGGCACAGUAUAUUCGCUACACCCCGUCACAGCAAGGAGCGUCCUUCAACUCGGGAGCAAAACAGAGGGUCAUACGCAUGGUGGAAGCCCAGAAGGAUCCUAUUGAACCUCCAAAAUUCAAGAUAAAUAAGAAGAUCCCCAGGGGACCUCCAUCUCCGCCAGCACCAGUCAUGCAUUCCCCCACCAGAAAGGUGACGGUCAAGGAGCAGAAGGAGUGGAAGAUACCGCCGUGCAUCUCCAACUGGAAGAAUGCCAAGGGCUACACCAUACCCCUGGACAAGCGGCUGGCGGCGGAUGGGCGAGGCCUGCAGCAGGUCCACAUCAACGAGAACUUCGCCAAGCUGGCAGAGGCCCUCUACAUCGCCGACAGGAAGGCGCGAGAGGCGGUAGAGAUGAGGGCACAGCUGGAGAAGAAGCUGGCACAGAAAGAAAAGGAAAAGAAGGAAGAACACUUGCGGCAGUUGGCCCAGAAAGCCCGCGAGGAGCGCGCUGGCAUACGCACUCAGGCUGCAGUGGACAAGGAUGAAGAAGCCAGGGAGCGUGACCAGUUGCGUUACGAGCGGCACAAGGAGCGGCAGCGAGACCGCAACAUCUCUAGGGCUGCCCCGGACAAAAGGUCCAAGUUGCAGCGGGACCGGGAGCGCGACAUCAGCGAGCAGAUUGCGCUGGGUCUGCCCGCCAAGAACAUCUCGAACGGGGAGGUGCAGUUCGACCAGCGGCUCUUCAACACCUCCAAGGGCAUGGACUCGGGCUACGCCGACGAUGAGGCGUACAACGUGUACGACAAGCCGUGGCGCGAGGCGGGCACGCUGGGGACCCACAUCUACCGGCCGAGCCGCAACGUCGACAAGGACGUGUACGGAGACGACCUGGACAAGCUCAUCAAGACCAACAGAUUCGUGCCGGACAAGGAAUUCAGCGGGACGGACCGCGGCACGGCUGCGAGGAGCGGCCCGGUCCAGUUUGAGAAGGACGAAGAGGAUCCCUUCGGCCUGGACAAGUUCUUGGCGCAGGCCAAGCGCGCGAGCAAGCGGCCCAGGGACGAGCGAGCGGAGCGCGACAAGCGCAAGAGAAGGGAUUGAAGUGUUGUGUUUGUGUACAUGCGCACGCACUUUAGCUCAUUAUUUUACAGCUUGUGUCACUGGCUCGCGAGUCUGUGUUUGUUAAAUGUCACCAUACACUAAAGUUAGUUUUGUAAUGUGUACAAACUCUUUUUUUCUUCUUAAUAAUGUUUGUGGAAAAAUGAUGAGUAUGUCUUAUUAUUUUGUUAAGGCUUUGAUUCACCUACCUGUUGGAAUUUUACCUUUAUUAUCAUUACUAUUCCAGAGCUUUGUAAAGAAAUAUUUCCAAAAUUGGGCUACGUAAGUUGUUAUACUCAGAUACUGGAAAUGAACUUUGCAAGUGACAUGAGGCCAAUAUCCAGCCAAAAUUUUAAUUAUGAAUGUUUCCGUGACUUUUUACAAUAGCAGAAACCUUGCUUGAUGUAUCUGGAGCAAAAAUUGACACUUAUAUAGUGAAACCUACUGCAGACUUUGCAGUAAAACAAAGUAGAAUGAUGUGAAAAUACACUUGACACAACAUGGUGGGUAAGUGAAGCCUUAAUUAAAAUAAGGGUAAUUUCUUUGUGUGAAAAAUAUUUGUAAAUACUAAAUAAACUUGUUUUGUACAACUUAA